GAAUCGGGUCUGAUUGAACGGGAACUGGAACGGGCGAGUCGCGGGAGAGGCGGUGUAGCAGUCUGUGAAUGAAGGAAGAAUGCAGACUAUAAAGUGUGUGGUGGUGGGUGAUGGGGCGGUGGGCAAGACCUGCCUGCUGAUCUCUUACACGACCAAUGCCUUCCCUGAGGAGUACAUCCCCACUGUGUUUGACAACUACAGCGCUCAGAUGAGCGUGGAUGGGCGCACGGUCAGCCUCAACCUGUGGGACACAGCAGGCCAGGAGGAGUACGACCGGCUGCGUACGCUCUCCUACCCUCAGACCAACGUCUUUGUCAUCUGCUUCUCCAUCGGCAGCCCGUCCUCAUAUGCCAAUGUGAGGCACAAGUGGCACCCGGAGGUGUCGCACCACUGCCCUAAUGUUCCCAUCCUGCUGGUGGGCACCAAGCGGGACCUGCGCACCGAUGCCGAGACGGUGAAGAAACUGAAGGAGCAGGGCCUGGCGCCUACCACACAGCAGCAGGGCAACACACUGUCCAAACAGAUUGGCGCUGUCAAGUACAUGGAAUGCUCAGCCCUUCUGCAGGAGAAUGUUCGGGAGGUGUUUGCUGAGGCUGUGCGUGCCGUGCUGUACCCCGAUACCAAGAAGAACCCUAAGAGGUGCGUUCUGUUGUAAUACAGAUGAAGAGGACACGGUGCAGACGAGAACACCCGUUCGUGAGCCCCAAACACUUGAUGUUCAGUACUCUUCCCGGCCAAGGUGGUUCAUGAUAGUUCAAAGCCCUUUUUUCAACUGGAUUAAUUUUUUUUUUUUUUUUUAAAUGCACCCUAGUCAAAUGCCAAAGUAAAGAUGCCAAGGACACAGUUUUUAAGGCUGUCUCAGCAUGUGACCCCACUCAGUGUAGCCCACUCCAUAGUUUUUCUACUUCCCCUUUCAAGAAAUCCUUUAUUUAGAAUGCAACUUUAUUAGUACUAUUGUAUUACUUUUUAAAUAAUUCAGAACUUUUUGACUGUAUCCAAAGUAUGAGGUAGAUGAAAGAAAAAGGGUUUCUCAAAAUAUCUCUCUGUGAAAAGGUAAGGCUAAUGGCUGGUGAUGUACCAAGAGAAAAGUAGAGAUCUCUUUAGGGAACAUGAAUCUUUAGUGAUUUCUUCCUCUUUCCCAUGCGACAGAGCCAUGGAGGGUGGUGCAGCUGGGGGAAAAGGGCCCAGAAACGGCCCUUAUUCAGAUAAGACUGUUUAACUCAAGGGCUUGAGAGGCCUGGAACUCAGUGACCUUCAGAAGGAACUGCAGUCCUUGCUGCAUCCUUUAAGGAACAACCUCUUUGCUACUCCUUCCCUCUCCUCCUCCUUUCCCUUUCUGCAUUGGCAGAAUGAGCUCUCUUGUUUAAAACGACACGUUUUCUGGAAGGAGUGGAAUUUAAGCUCAAAAUCUUUAGGCUUAGAUUCUGUCAGUGAGCCUGCUGUUCUGUUGUGGGUGUCUGGGAGUUUAACGUAUUUUAUUGACACAACAAAAGGCCAAGUUUGUUUUAACCACUGAGCGUUGAAACGUCUUGUGCUAAAGUUGCUCUUCUUUGCGGGUCAUACAUUUUAUAUUCCAAGCAAUAUGUCAGUCCCAGACAUCAUAUGCUAUCAGGUGAUAUUUGUCAUCUUCACGAUAGUUGGAAAAACCUUACAGGGUAUGGGGAUAGAGGUGUUAUUUCUUUUUACGUGCUUUCAGUGACUUAACACUUACUAGUGACUUUCAGACUAUGUCAAGUGCUUAUGCCCUGAGGUUUGUCUUGGAACUAGUUCUGAGACUGAAAUUUGGGUGUAACAUCUCAGAAUUUGUCUGUAAUGGGUUGACUUUUAAAAUGCAAAAUCUACAUGUUGCCUUUUUCCUCUUCAAAUAACUCCUCACAAAAUGAAUUUCAUCCCCUUGUGUGCCUUUUGAUUCCCGGAAGCUGUGUAUUUAUAAAAUUAGUUCCCUCCCCUCUUACUGGCUGGUCUUUCAAAGGAAAGAGCACCCUGCUUCCUUACAAGUGAUAUGUUUAGUUAUCCUUUUUUCUUUUUUUUCUUUAAAAAAAAAAAAAAAAAAGUCUGCAGAUAUUGUUUCAUUCAGCUCUAUUGACAAUACCAAGUUCUUUCCUGAAGUUCUAUUGUCCGGAUUAUUUUUAUACAGGUAUGAAUGUACAGCAGCAGAGUGGGUGGAUUGUCAUAAGCCUUUGGACUGUGUGUGUAUGUGUUUGUCUUUUGCCACUUGUUUGUUUUUUUAUUCUGAUAUCCAUGGUGAAAGCAUUGUUUUUGUUAAUUGGGUGAAGAAAGGCACUUUUAUAAAGCAGUUUUCAGCUCCAGUGUAGGUCAGCUUGUGCCUUUCAGUGUCAUUGGCCCUGCCUUUCUGUACCAAGGACUGAGGGGUGCGACAUUCUUACUGUCACAUUUCCAAGUAUUCUCUGAUGUGGUCAGCGCUUUAAUGGUGACAUUCUAUGAUUACCCCUCAGCAAAGUCAUUUCCUGUAGUACAGUCUGGGCUCUCCUUUACCAUCAACACGGUCACUCCUCUAGUGCUCAGUGUGUCUCAUUGUCGGCUACAGUUGACAAGCUGAUAGCCAGUGUGGCAUUUUCUCGCCAUAGUUUGACCCGCUGGCACCACUGUAUAGAAGGGUUGGAAUUUCUUAGUUCUGCAGUCCCUUGGAUCUACUGUGUGGUUAUAAUAUUCCCUAUAGAAUGUCUAGUGCCAAAAAAAAUCAUUGUAAGGGGGAGGAUAAAAUAAUAUAUAAAAAGUUGUUAAACGUAUGACUAUGAGGGGCAUGCAACACUAUCCGAACAUUGAAUAUUUUGACUUUGAUUCUGCGUUUGAUCAGCUAAUUAUUGACGAUUGUUUUUGCUAAGGAGUCUUUUAAUUGUACAUUUUAAGGUUAUUGCUGAGAUGAAUGAAUGCCAGUGUCAUGAAUUUAAGUGUUAGAUUUUUUUAAAAAAAUGUAGUUGUCGAUGUGAAUGUUUUUGCCUUUUUUUUUUUUUCUUUUUGUCCCAGGUUUGUUGGCUUUAAACUUUGUGGUUUGAAAUAUCUCUGCCAAAAAGUAAUAAUUCAAAGUCAUAGUGUGGUAAUAAGUUGUUUGGAGUGUAGUAAAUGGGCCACUGGUGAAGAAUUGCUGCAGUUGUAAUAGUUGUCACCUGCAGGGUUUACUGUAGUGCCUUUUUCAGCCAUGCCUCAGUCCUGUGCCUUAACUGGCUGGUAGUUUGAGCAAAAAUGAACAAACAAACGAAGGUGGGGUGGGGUGGGGGGGGUAACAGUUCCUGGACAACAGGGCACGAGGUGAAGCCUCUCAUCACCUUGGUGCACAGGUUGAAGGGAGUGUGUGUUCUGCCUGCAUGAGGCACAGCUCACACUGCAUAUCGGCAAGUGGCUCAGAAGGAGACCUCUUUUUGUAACUGACUUAAUGGGCAAAGAAAAUUGCCUUCCUGUUGAUGAUUAAAACUUUUUUUUUUUUUUUUUUAUAAAAUAAAGGUGCACAUUUAUUGUGUGAUGGUAGAAUGAAAUUUGUGUGGAGCAACCCCUGUUGCCACAAAGUAAAACUCAGCGUGAUCUCAGAGCUGGAAACGUGGGGGCUGAAGUGUUGCUGCAGAGCUCGGCUUCUGAAUUGGAAAAUGCAGUACAAAUGUUGCUCUCUGGCUGUCGACAACUUGGCUGUUACUGCUUUAUAUCGGGUAAAGGAGAACUGCAAGUCUUUAGUGCCAUUGAAUGGUCACACGUGGUCAGACUGUACAUUUGUGUGCUAGUAUGGAAGCGCCGCUCUCCUUACCGCGGUCACGCUUGUAUGCUGUCAGAACAAAGCUUCUUUCUGCCCCCACACAGGCCAUGCAUGGGAUCAGCCUGCUGGGGUUUGCGGUACUACGUUUCUGUACAC